AUGCCUCCAAUAUCAGAUAUUAAGGAUGGUCCCAAUACUAUAAGCAUACUAUUGACUACUGAUAAUCAUGUCGGCUAUAAAGAGAAUGAUCCUAUCAUAGGAGAUGAUUCUUGGAAGACGUUUCACGAGAUUACAGAAAUUGCAAAGGAAAGAGAUGUAGACAUGAUUAUUCAAGGUGGGGACUUAUUUCAUAUUAAUAAACCUUCCAAAAAGUCUUUAUUUGAAGUGAUCAAAUCCUUGCGUCUCAAUUGUUUAGGAGAACGCCCAUGCGAGUUGGAGAUGCUAAGUGAUCCCAAGAUAGGAUUGAGCAAUACAUUGGACACCGUAAACUAUGAGGACCCUAAUAUAAAUGUCUCAAUUCCAGUCUUUGCUAUUAGUGGAAACCAUGACGAUGCCACUGGUGAAGGCUUUCUUCUGCCUUUAGACAUAUUAUCCAUGUCAGGUCUUAUCAAUCAUUUUGGUAGAAUAGAGAAUAAUGAAGAUAUAACAGUUUCACCUUUGUUGUUUCAAAAAGGAACUACACGAUUUGCUCUUUAUGGAAUGGAUAAUGUGAGGGAUGAAAGGCUUCAUAGGAUCUUUCGUGACGGCUUGGUGAAAUUUCUUCGCCCUAAUAUUGAUACCGAUAAAUGGUUUAAUAUGUUAUGCUUUCACCAAAACCACGCUGAGCAUUCGAGAACUUCACACAUUCCGGAACUGUUCUUACCACAGUUUUUAAAUCUUAUUUUAUGGGGUCACGAACAUGAAUGCAUUCCUCAUCCAGUUUUUAACCCAGAGACAGGAUUUGAUGUAUUGCAAGCGGGAUCUUCCAUUGCUACAUCCUUGAGUGAAGGCGAAGUUGCGGAUAAACAUGUAUUCAUAUUGCGAAUACAAAAUCUUAGCUAUUCCAUGGAGCCUAUAAGGUUAAAAAGUGUGCGGCCGUUCUUAAUGGAAGAGGUGUCUUUACUGAAGACAGGGUUUUUUCCUGGAGAGGCUUCAAAAGCAGACGUAACAGAAUAUCUUGCAAACAAGGUUGAAGAUUUAGUGCACAAGUCGGCUAAAAACUUUCAAGAAUCUAUGAAUAUUUCUUUGAAACCACCACUUCCUUUAAUCAGGUUGAGAGUUGAAUAUUCUGGAGGAUACGAAUUAGAGAACGCAACUAGAUUUUCAAAUAGGUUUGUCAAUAAAAUCGCAAAUGUCAAUGAUGUUGUCCAGUUCUACUUAAGAAGGGGUCGCGAGAAAACGCUUCACCUCGAACCCUCUAGGUUUCAUGAUACAGACAUCGUUGGAGAUCAAAGAAAAGAUUCCGACCAGAUUUUACAGGAUUUGAUUAAAGAGUUCCUUAGCCAGACGAGUCUCACAUUAAUCCCGGAACAGGGUAUUAUGCAUGCUGUUGAAAAAUUUGUAGACAACGAUGACAAACAUAUAUUGGAUCACUACAUAAAGAAUGAAAUAGAAAAGGAAACAAGAAUGCUUUUGGAACUUGAUAUUGGUGAUAGAGAUAUUCUUGAGCUGAGUGAUCACAAUGCGAAGAAUGCUUUUAAACAAAUUCUAACUCAAGUGAAACAAGAAAACAAUGUGAAAGAUAACGAUCCUUUACAGACUCUGGCACCACGCGACAUAACUAAAAAGCGCAAGGCACCUAUCAGCGAGCUAGUUGUAGAAAAUAGCGACUCCGACAAUAACGAUAAAGACUGGACUAACGAAGCAAAUACUGAGAUUCAAAGUACUUCUAGAAAUCUUCGAAACUCGGGCCACUUGCUGCCUCCUCCCAAAAGAAACGAAGAUGUAAUAAGUGAUCUGGAUUCAUUAGAGAUUAUAUCUGAUAAUGAACACGAUCAUGGCCGUACUAAAGGACAUAAAAAGAAGCUAGAGUCGAAGAAGCUGGAGUCGAAGAAGCUGGAAUCGAAGAAGCUGGAGCCAAAGAAACCAAGGAGCAAAAAAGAACCAAGAAUGAACAAUACAAAAAAAAAUAAAAAAGGAGGUCAAGAAAGUUUAUUGGAUAGUAUUAUGACUAUGAAGGGUACGUAA